UUUUUAUACAUGCAUAGUUUUUACUUGCAGUGAAUAAAAGUACCAAAAAGUUUUAUAUAAGCGCCCCGGAUAAAAGGAAGAUUAAACAUUAAAGAAUGGCGCAACGUAAUCAUCGUGUAGAUCGUUUUGCGCAAAUGAGCAAGCAAGAGGAAAUAAUUGCCAAAAAACGCCAGGAAAUACUUGAGAAGCAGCGUACAGCGCAGCUGGCAAAGGCCGUGGCUGCUGCUCAGACAUUGGCUGCACAGUUAAAAACCAUUGAGACGGCAACGCCGGUAGUGGAACCAGAAGAACAGGAGCAGGAGGAGGAGCAAGAACCAUCAACGCAGACGUUACCCGUAACUCUAGCGCUUGCUGAUGAUGGAAGUGCGUUGGAUGUAGAUAAUGGUGAUCAGGUGGGAUCGGCGGCAAGGGCUAAGUGCGAUGAUGGUAUGGCCAAAACGCUGAACAGUUUUACGAGCAAGACGGGCAAAAUUUCGUUUAGUCUUAAACGUCAACAGCUGCCGCAGCCAAGUGUUGAACAGCCGCCACCUAAAGUGAAAAAUACAUUUUGCAAUGAUGGUUCUUUUCUGGAGAACUUUAAGAAAAUACUUGAGAAACAUGAUCAACCAAAACCGCCUACUAUGGUGGCUCCUGUUACAAAGCCAAGUGAGGAGAACAAUACGGUCGACACUCACAGCACCGAGAAUAAUAGUCCGCAACAGUCGAUGGAGCUGGCGGUUAGUACAAUAGCCACGAGUGCAGCUGCAGCAGUGAUAGCUACUUCUAUGGCUAACAGCAUGACUAUGGCUGGCUCCGGGCACAAUCAUUUAGCAUUUAGCAUGCCAGGGACGCCUACAACUAUGCCGCAGGCUGUGCAACCACCACCGCCACCGCCGUUUGCAUUCAACCCCACGAUGUUGGCACAAGGACCGCCACAGAUGACGAUGCCAGCUUUUUUCCAUGGACACCAUCAUCUGCCUAUGCAGUUGCAUCCAGCUGCUGUGGCCCCACCGCCGCCGCCACCACCGCCACAACUUCCUAUUGCGUUGGCCAAUUUGACGCCAAUCUAUAUGCAAUUGGGACCAACGCAGAUGCCGUCCGACGCAGCGAUGCAUCAAUUGAAUGCCAUACCGGCACCCAAAGACUUUGACUUGAAUGCUAUACCAAAGCCGCAGAUUAAUCUCGAGGCCAUACAGAUGCCUAAUGUCACACAGGUGGAUCAAAUGGGUUUACUGCCGGAGCAUGUCACGGCUAAUCCACCUCCACCGCCUCCGCCGCCCAUGCAGCCAAAGGAACAAGCAUUGCAGCAACCACAACUGGAGCAAAAUGAACAGCAGCAGCAGCACAAUCAACAUCAACAACAGCAGCAGCAACAAGAACAGCAGAUGCAGCAGCAAAUGUCGCCGCCAGCCCAAGUUUUUUCAGAAACAUGCAUACAAUUGCCAACGUGCAUAGAAAACCUUAUCGCACUGGUCGCCGAAAAUGGUGAAGAUUACGAAGAUAAAAUACGUUUGCAUAGAAGCGAAUUGCAUCCGGCAUUGUGGUUUCUUUAUGAUAAGAACUGCGAACAAUAUCGAAACUAUCGCGGCCAACUGCUCGACUACGAACGCCAGCGCGGCGAGCGAGAGCGGGAGCGGGCCGAACAGCAGCUAAGCAAGGUGCAACAACAACAGAAAGAUCGACAGCAGCAGGAGGAACACAACAGCAAUUCGGCAGCAGAUAAAUAUGAUCCGGAAUCGGCAAUUACUGCUGAUUUUGAUUCCGAUGAUGAGUAUAUGCGUGGCAUGAUGGAUCGCAAUCGGGACAAUAUCAAGCGUCGCAUCGAGUGCCGCAACGAGCUGAGUGAUGAGGAGCGCAGAGAGAGAGAGGAGGAAGCGGCAAUGACCACAGCUGGUGCUCUGAAUAAUUUGGAUCAGGAUGAUAGAGAGACACAGCGGCAGCGCCGUAAGCGAGAACGCAAAAGUCGCUGGGGCGAAAAGGAAGCGUUGCCAACCGGCUCAGGUACACCUACUAGCUUUGGGAACCAGAACAAGCCCAUGCUGACUACUAUCACGCGUAAUGAUCCGGCAUUGCUGCAGUACGCUCGUCUUAACUAUGGCUCCACACAGUUGUCUGAGGACCAGUGGAAGCAAUGCGAAGAGCAUUACAAAGUCAAUUUGUUAUACCAGGACAUGAUGCGUAAGCGUCAAGAGAUCGAUCGCCUAGCACGAGGCGGUAAGUUUAAAUACGAAUACGACUCCGAUGAGGACAUCGAGGGUGGCACCUGGGAGCAUAAAUUGCGUACAGCUGAAAUGGAAGCCACUCACUUGUGGGCCAAUGCACUUACCAAACAGAGCGAGGGGAAGCAUCACAUUGGUGAUUUCCUACCUCCCGAGGAACUAAAGAAGUUCAUGGAGCAGUACGAAGCAAAGAAAAGUAACAGACAGCCGGAUUUAAGUGACUACAAGGAGUACAAAUUAAAGGAAGAUAACAUUGGAUUUCAAAUGCUGCAAAAGCUCGGCUGGAAAGAGGGUCAAGGCCUGGGCCAAGACGGUGCCGGCAUUGUAGAUCCAGUUAACAAGGCGCCACAACGUGACGGCAACCAGGGUCUGGGCGUUGGAAGUGUAGCACAGCCUGAAGAUUGCGACAACGAGUAUGAUGCAUACCGAAAGCGAAUGAUGUUGGCAUACCGUUUCCGCCCGAAUCCUUUGAAUAAUCCACGUCGUGCCUAUUACUAGCGACUACGCAUAUAAGCAAUAUCUGAUGCUUUAUAUUAAUUAAGAUUUACUAUCUGAGCCCAUUUAUAUUCGAUCACAUAUAAGGAGCGUUUAUAAAGUUAAUAUUUAUUAAGUAGUAUGUUACUGCUGACCACAAUGAA